AUGGUUGCCUACUCAUCUUUGUUGACCUUCGGGCUUCUUGCGGUCGCAGACCUCGUUGCAGGACACGGCGCAAUCAUUGCCGCGACCGGUGAUGCUGGUGGCAGUGGUUCAGCUCUUGGCAUUGACUCUUCUACCCCCCGUGAUGGAACGAGAAGACGUCCAUUCCAACAAGAUACCACUCGAUUCCAGGGAGACGCUGCCGAGACAUUUGGCGAGACCCUUCAAGGUGGCGACAAUGAUCCAGAAGCCGGCACGGCCGCGAUCAUGGCUGAGUCCGGGGACGAUCUUCCUCAGAUCACUCCAGGUGGAGAAGUCCAGAUGACUUUGCACCAAGUCAACGGCGAUGGUGCUGGCCCUUACACAUGCAUGAUCAACGCUGACGGCACAGGUGCCACUUGGACUCAGAUGACCGUUACGCAGCAGGUUCCUGGUCAGCGAGGCCGAGACCGAGAUGGAGCUGAGACUGAUUUCCCUCUCACUGCCGCAGUUCCUGCCAACCAACAGUGCACUGGAACCGUCGCUGGACAAGACAACGUCUGUAUGGUUCGGUGCGAGAACCCUGCAAGAGCCGGUCCAUUUGGUGGUGUUGUUCCCGUACAAAUGGCCGCCGCUGCCGCGAACAAUGCUGUCGCCACAGGAGCUGCCACGAAUGGAACAGCUGCCGCCACCAACGCAAACACCGGAACAGCCGCACAGAUUGCCAAUGACAAUGCGACUCCUGACACAGCUAGUGCUAAGCAGGCUGCUGCUGAACUGAAAGAAGAUGCCCUCAAGAAGCGAAGACUCCCGCGCCGAUCUUCUCGCGUCGUUCGCGGCACUGCUUCAGAAAUUGCUUACCGCGCCAGACGUGGUCUUGAUUGGUAG